AUGGCGUUGAAGACGACGACGAAGAUGACGAUGACGACGACGACGAUAAAGAUCGCGGCGCCGAAGACACUGCGUUACGUGAGGGAUCGGGAGAGCGUGAGCCGGACCCGCUCGCACCUCGGCUCUCGUCCGGGACAACUGCUUAACACAAAAUGGGUCUGGGUAUUUGUGCUUACUGUGCACUUGUAUGAAUACUCAAUUCAGUUUCACUUUUCAGUAGGCUCUGGAGUUAUUGUCAAGUUAGUAUUCAGCUUUUUCGCUGCCUCAUAUGCCCUUCUGUCUAGCUUCCGCGAGGAAAUGGAUAUGGUUCCUCAAGGAGUUUCUAUAAUCCUAGUGGCACUGGUCCUAGGAUCGCGAGCCUUCGUGUGUGCGUCCCUGUUUUCCCUGCCUGGUCCCCUGCUCUACACGGGCUUCGUUCCUCUAGCGCUCAGUUUCCUUCUCGCACUGGCCACCGACUGCGUGUUCAACAGGGAGAAAAUGUCUCUCAACAGAGCCUACAUAAAGGCUACCCUUCUGCCGCCUCAAGACAAGGCUGGCGUUGUGGCCUCCUUGGUGUACUGCGGUUUUGGGUUAGUCUUCUGGCUUCUCACUCUGUCUCGGCCCUGGAGUGUUCUUGUGUUUGUGGGCGUGACCAUCAUUCAUUUCCUUGGAGGAAUUGGGUGGAUGAUAUUAACAAAAAAUGGGAAUAAGUGUUGUAAGGGGGAGGACGAACCAUGACUGACAUCAUAUUCUGCUGCCCAGUUGGUCUGUGCUUCCCUCCCCAAUGUUAAAAAACCAAGGCCCUUCUGGAGCACUAGGACACCUCCAGCCAGGGGGGCCAUAAGUUUAUAUAUAUAUAUGAGAGAAAGAGGGAGAAGGAGAAGAGAGAGAAGAGAGAGAGACAGAGAAGAGAGAGAUAUAAUAUCCUAAUUUUUCAUUAUCCAAAUUAUCAUAUUUAUUCUACUGAUAUUUGUUUGUAAAGAUGUUAUAAUAGUGAGUUUUCAUAUACCAAUUUAUUGAAAUGUAGGCCUAUUUUAGCUAUUUAUUGUUUAGUUAAUUUUUUGGGUACGUUACUCAUAAUAGUUUUUAAGGCUUGUGUUGUGGGAAUGAAUCCAUUGCUCUGCUGAGUGCGUUCCAAAUGUUCUAACGGUCAUAGAGACAUUUCUAACCUGUGAUAUUUUAUUCAAUAAAUAAACAAUAAUGAACAGGCGGCAUACCAUUAUGUCAAUCUUAGCAAUAAAUACAAUUAUUUACACAAGCAA